AUGACCACACAACCCAAAGCUCCCACAAAAAACUCCGAGGUGGAAUCCUCUACCAUUGAAACCACAGCCACUGCUACAACCAUGACUGCGGCGGUCUCGUCGUCUGGCAACCAUCUCACAACAACUGCGACGACGACGACGACUACCGAAGAUCGUCGAUCCUACUUUACGCGGCACUUGUCACCCGACUACGCGUUGCCCCAAAUUGACCCGCAAUUAGCAAAAGCCGCAUGGCGUGAUAUUUUAUUCUUGGCACUGGGCUGUGUGGCCGUCUCGAUUAUUGGAUUUGUCGAGACGCAUGCCAUGGAUGCCGACGCUCGCAUGACGGUCCAUGUGGCCAAAGUUUGGCAUUGGCAGGACAUGCCACUCAAUCCACACGGGAUUGUCGAUACGGGCUAUAUCAUGACGUAUCCACUCUACGAAUUCCUCAAAGCCAAUCGAGAUUGGAACGAUCUACUGGCUGGACUCAAUUCUGUCAUUCUCGUCUUUCCCUCCCUCUAUGUCGCCUAUGUGACGGUCUGGAAGGGAGAUUACAGUUGUGCGUUUCGGCUGCUGGCAUUGCAACUAUUGAGAGCAUUUUGUGGAUGGUUCACAUUUCUGCCUCCCGAUCCAGCGUAUCUCAAUUCUUACUACGAUUUUCCCGAUUUUGUCCAUUGCAUCUUUCAAGAUUGCAGCAGUGCCGGCGAUGGUGCACCCGAAGCCAUGCCCUUUGUCAGUUUCUUUUCCGGACACGUCGCCACCAUGGUCAUGGUUGGCAAUCACAUGGCACUCUCCAAAUAUUUUCGACCGUGGGCAUAUCUCAUUCACGUCCUGAAUGUCUUUCAAAUUGUCCGUUUGCUAGCGACUCGCGGCCAUUAUUCGAUUGACAUGAUUAUCGGUUGGUACGUGGCUGUUUACGUGACCAACCCCGCCGGACGAUUGGGGCGGUAUUAUUCCCGGGGUGCCACCAUGGAAGAAAUAUUUCCGCACACUCCGGCGCAAGCAUUUGAAUAUGCCACGGGCGUGGCCGAUACACGACGCGAACGACGCAUGUCGGCAUUGUUGCAACGUCCCGAAGUCCAACAAGCACUGCGUCAAAUGGAAUCGGAAGACGAUCUACUCGAAGACGACGAUGAAUCGUCUUUUCAAGUGCAAUCGGAAACAACGGUACGGAUAUUGCAAGAGACGGCCUCCAAAAUGAUGCAAGAACAAGCGGCCGCACUGCAAGAAGAAGUACAGCAUUUGCAACAGCAAGCGCGGGAAGCGGUCAAUGCCAUGCGAGAACAACGAAUAUUGAAAAAGAAAUCGUCCAAGAAAGAAGGUACUAGUGGCAAUCCACAGCCGCAGGGAAAGAACAAAGAUCAGUAG